AGACUAGCACAGAACGGUUCUCUGAUAUCUUGAACAUGAAAAUCAAAGACACUACGCUUGCAAUCCUUGCUGCGCAGAACCACGCAGUAAAGGUUAUGGAGUUUCUUCUCCAACAGUCUCGCCAAGAUGUGGACCUGGAGAAGGAAGGCACUGCGCGUUUUGAGGGUGAGGAGCGUAUCAGUGGGGCAACACCUCUCUGGACGGCCGCGGCACUGGGCGGUGUGGACAUUGUGAGAUUGCUAGUGAAGGCCGGAGCACAGGUCAACCAUCCCAGUGCCACCAACUCGACACCGCUGCGCGCCGCUUGUUAUGACGGAUUCAUCGAGGUCGUUCGGUUUCUUGCCGAACACGGUGGCGACGUGAACAUUCGCAAUCGCUUCGGCAGUGGCCCACUGCACCUGGCAGCCUAUCGUGGCUAUCCGAACAUCGUCAAGUUUCUGCUGGAUCGCGGUGCCAAUCCCAACGUCCAGACGAGCACGGACCGAGAGGUUCCUCUCCACCAUGCUGCACUCAUGGGACACGCCGACGUGGCCAAGCUACUCGUCGAGGCCGGUGCCGACACGGUCAUGCAGUCUUUCUAUGACGUCACACCGCUGAUAUGUGCGUCGGCUGCUGGAGAGCACUCAGUGGUUGAUGCCUUGCUGCAAUCCACCACGCCACCGGUCAGCCUGAAAGAGCGUGCCACGUCUAUGCUGCUCCUCGGUGCUGCUUAUGUUGAUCGGCACCAGAACCGAGCCAAAGCCGAGCAGAUCUGGUCGCAGGCUAUGACGAUAGAAGGUGGCAUGACCUUUGCACACGGCCAGCUGCCAAAGUACCGCAUCUACGACGACAUCCAGUUCCCGGAGUCGCGUGCCAAGCUCAAACACACGCUGGCAGAUGACUGGCAAGGGUUCAACCUGGCGUCCGCAAUACGGGAGCAUGUUCUGGGCCCUAGCAGUCAGGACACGAUACACUACCUGCGUUGCCGUGGCGCCAUGGAGGCGGACGCACGCCGUUACGUCAAGGCCAUGAAGCUCUGGCUGCACUGUCUGCGCCUGGAGAUGGACAGCGGGAAGAAGAAC